AAAAAAGAAACGUCAAAUACUGCGCGACACGUGUGGAUGUUAUUUUGUCUCGGUGAUCCAAUUUCUUGUACAAUUAUUGCUUUUAAUGUGCAUUUUCUUAUAACAAAAUGCCGAAGAAUAUAAAGCAUUUAGUCGUUGAUACAACGGCUUUCAUAAAAGCGGCCAACCUGCAAGAUAUUGCCGAAAAUGUUUACACAGUUCAAGAAGUGGUCGACGAAAUUACAAGUGAUAGGCAAAGAAGGAAGCUUGUGGUGCUCCCGUAUGAUCUGAAGGUCAAAAGUGUGUUUGCGGAGAAUAUCAAGUUCAUCACGGAGUUCUCGAAGAAGACAGGUGACUAUACAAGUCUUUCAGCUACAGAUAUUAAGGUUAUGGCUCUAACCUACCAGCUUGAGAAAGAAAUCGUUGGUGUAAGUCACCUAAAGAUUGAACCGACCAUGCAGAAAACACUGAAAGUAACUGGACUGGCUGGUUUUAGUUCACACCCUGAGACUAAUGAUAGUAAUGACACUGAAGAUCAGGAAUCAAAAUCUGACUCUGGUAAAUCACAUAAAGAUACAACUCAAAGUGCUGAUAAAAAUGUUAGUGUUAAAUCAAAUGAAAUUAAAGAAAAAUCACAAGUUAAUACAGACGAUGUACAACAUAACAAUACAGUUGAAGAUGAAGAAACAUCACCUGACAAUAUUGCUGAGCAAAUGAAGAACAUAGAUAUUAAUGUUGAUGACGUUAUAGUUAAAGUUUCUGAUGAUGAAGUGGAAGAAGAAUCAGAAGAUGAAGAGUCUGAUGGUGAUGAUGAAUGGAUAACACCUGGAAACUUAGCUCAGAAGAAGAAGGAAAUGGAAUUGGGAGAAUUUGAAGAAAAGUCAGUAGAAGUUGCUUGCAUUACAUCUGACUUUGCAAUGCAAAAUGUAAUGAAACAAGUAGGAUUGAAUGUUACUGCUAUUGACGGACGUAUUAUAAGGCAGUUACGUACAUUCAUCUUUCGUUGCACAACCUGCUUCAAAACCACAAGUGUAAUGACCAAACUUUUCUGCCCGAAAUGUGGUCAUGCUACAUUGAAAAAGGUGGCAGUGAGUAUUGACGAAGAUGGUAACCAGCACAUACAUAUAAAUGGCAGAAAACCGUUGACAGCUAGAGGUAAACGGUUCAGUUUGCCUACACCAAAAGGAGGCCAACACUUCCAGUAUCCAAUCUUAACUGAAGAUCAGCAUAUUCACAAGAGAUUUGCUACAAAAAUGGCGAGGGGCAAAACAAAUGCUCUUGACCCGGAUUAUAUUGCCGGUUUCUCACCAUUUGCCAUGAAGGAUGUAAACUCAAAAUCUGCUGUUUUAGGAGUAAGAGCUAACAAACAAGAUGUCAAAUACUGGAUGAAGAAUUAUUCUAAAGGGAAAAAGUGAUAGAUUUAAAAAAAUAUAUUUAUUUAAGCUUU